UGGAAGUGUCGUGAUUAUCGCGAAGAUGAUCACUCAGACCGUGACCACAUACUGGACUUUACCGAAGUCCGAGAACGAGAAAUCACGACUGAGACUACUAAUAUCGUCGAUAAAGCGCCUUCAAAUGAGAGGACUGCGGAGUCAAAAUCCAGCCACGAGGUGAAGGAGUCUUCCACGAUUGUGGUCACCUCUAUUGCCCCAGCGCCUACAACCCCACAACGUGCGAAUACUCCUCGUGAAGCAACUGAGCGUGCGAUGCGAGAUCUGGAAAGAGGACAUCAGGCCAAGAUCCUUUCCUUGGAUAAUGAUGCUGUGGCUCCAGCUCUGGCUAAACAGAUGAUACCAGGAGCUGAGGGCGCCACUACGCCGGCAGAUGAGGACCAUCCACCUCCUGGCAAUGGAGCAACCGUGCCAACACCGAAUGUGGUUGCGAUCGACAAUAAGAUAGAGCAAGCCAUGGACCUAGUGAAAACUCAUCUGACAUUCGCCGUUCGUGAAGAGGUGGAGGUGUUGCGGCAGACGAUUGCCGAACUCGAACAGCGGGUUGCAUCCCUGGAAAGUGAGAAUCAGCUGCUGCGACAGUACGCGCCAGCAGACGUUCUGGCCAACAUCAGCACCUUAGUCCAGCAGAGAAAACUCGCCAGCGCCGCUGCACCACCAGCCCAAAAUCCACCCGUUGUUGCUCCUCCGAAGAAAUAA